AUGGUCGCCCGUACCAUUGCUGUGCUGGGUAUGGAUUAUGUCAUGGUCGAUGCACUGCAUACUCCAAUCGAUGCCGAGAACCUAGUCCGCAUCAUCCACACCAUCAACUUCUGUAGCGAAGGAAAAACGGUUGCCGUCGUACGCGUUCCAUCUGCACACUCGGACCUCCUCACGCACGCGCUUGAUGCAGGAAUCAUCUUCCCACAUAUCGAUACCGCCGAGCAAGCUGCCGAAGCCGUGUCCAAGUGUCGCUAUGCAACCUCUGGUGGAGACCGAUCACUAUCGCCAUGCGCCCUGGUGCCUGGCAUCACAGACACAGCGCCCCACGGUUUGACACACGAUCGAGUAGCAGACAAUCACAUCGCAGUUAUCUGCCAGAUCGAGAGCCAGCUAGCAAUGGACAACGCAGAUGCCAUUGCCGCUACAGAUGGUGUGGACUGCCUCAUGCUGGGACCCGGAGAUCUCCGUCUCUCAUUAGGCGUGCCAGCACGCAAAUACGGCGAACGCGACGACCCGAGGUUUCUCGAUGCCGUCAAUAGGCUCAUCGGCGUCAAGUACCGUCAUGGAAAGCCGCUCAUGACAGUAUCGUUCAAGAUAUCCGCGGCCGAGGACUCAUGGGUGAAGCACUUCAAUUUGUUGCUGGCGACGGCAGACUUUGUCGAUGUAGUGAAAGGCCACCAAGCUGCUUUGGGAACUAUCAAGACUACGCUUGCUGGUUUGAAUGAGACAUUGCCCAUGGGUAUGGCCUUUGAAGAGAAGAUCAAGCAACGUCGUGAUAGUCAUGAGGCUUGA